CCCCUCCCCCCCCACCGCCGGGCCUCCAUCUUCCCCCCUCCAUCUCCAUCCCGGGCCUCGGGCCUCGGCCACGGACUCUCCCCGCUCACACCCAUGGGCGUUGAGGGCGGGCGCACCGAGCGGCGGCGGCGGCCGGGCGAUGGGCGGCGGCCCGAGGCGGCGGACAGAUCCCCGGCGGCGAUGCUGAGCGGGAGGGCGGCGGCGGCGGCGGCGCGGCGGCGGCGGCCCCCGGGCCGAUUUGGGGAUGAUUUGUAUGACUCUUGCAUGCGUGUAGACCAGGCUGAAAUCAAAACAUCUAGCACAGGAAAGGGAAGCCCUGUGAGAUUACCAUCUCUUCAUAGCUUAACGAUCGGCCAGAGCACGAUGAGAGACCACCUGUCAGCUAGCUGUCGCACUCAGGUCAAGGUGCAACACCUGUUUGAAGAUGCUGGAAAUCGGCGAAGCAAUGCGACGCUGCACCCGCCCGAGUCCCGCACCUGCAGACCCGUGCUACCAUCGCUGAAAGACAAGUGCCUGGAUGGUUCAGUCCUGUCCAGAUCAGAUGGCAUUUUGCUGAAGACAAAAUCGGCAAUCACAUCGACGCAGGCCAUGAAGCAGCACAUGCACAAGCUGAGCUCCUACGAACAUCAGGAGAUCUUCACCUACCCGGAGAUUUACUUCUUGGGCUUAAAUGCAAAAAAACGGCAAGGUGUCCUGGGCGGCUCCAACAACUGCGGCUACGAUGACGACCACGCGGCCCUUGUCCUCCUCUCUCACGACCACAUCGCGUACAGGUACGAAAUCCUGAAGGUCCUGGGGAAGGGAAGCUUUGGGCAGGUGGCCAAGGUGUACGACCACAAAACCCGGCAGCACAUGGCUCUGAAGGUGGUGCGGAACGAGAAACGGUUCCACCGGCAGGCGGCCGAGGAGAUCCGCAUCCUGGAGCACCUGAACAAGCAAGACAAGAACCAGCAGAUGAACAUUGUCCACAUGUUUGAGAAUUUUGUUUUCCGCAACCACGCCUGCAUGACCUUCGAGCUGCUCAGCAUCAACCUGUACGAACUGAUCAAACGCAACAAGUUUCAGGGCUUCAGCCUCCAGCUGGUCCGCAAGUUUGCCCAUUCCAUCCUCCAGUGCCUGGACGCUCUGCACAAGAACCGCAUCAUUCACUGCGACUUGAAGCCGGAGAACAUCUUACUGAAGCAGCAGGGUCGCAGUGGCAUCAAAGUGAUUGACUUUGGCUCCAGUUGCUACGAGCACCAGCGCGUCUUCACCUACAUCCAGUCGCGGUUUUACCGCUCGCCCGAGGUCAUCCUGGGCUCGCGUUACGGCAUGGCCAUCGACAUGUGGAGUUUUGGUUGCAUCCUGGCCGAGCUGUUGACCGGGUACCCUCUCUUCCCGGGAGAGGACGAGGGAGACCAGCUGGCCUGCAUCCAGGAACUCUUAGGGUUGCCUAAUCAGAAAAUGAUGGACCAGUACAAACGAGCCAAGAACUUUUUCAACUCCAAGAACCAGCCCCGCUACUGCACCAUCACCACGCUUGCCGACAACACGGUGGUCCUGAACGGCGGGCGUUCCAGGAGAGGCAAGAUGAGAGGACCGCCCGGCAGCAAAGCCUGGGCCGUGGCCAUGAAGGGCUGCGACGAUGCCCAGUUCAACAACUUCCUCAAGAGGUGUUUGGAGUGGGACCCCUCCUGCCGCCUAACACCUUCACAGGCACUCAGGCACCCGUGGCUCACUAGACGUUUGCCCAAAUCAUCGGCUGUGGAGAAGCCCCCCCCGCUGGUCAAGAGUACGCCAGAUAGCAAUAGCUCCUUGCCUGGAAUUGUCUCCAAGUUGCCCUCCACCAUUGGCACCUCUGGCAAACUAAGGACCAAUUUGGUACAAGUGGCUGAUUCAAAUGGAAAUAGUUUACCUCUACGCACUGUGCUUCCAAAGUUAGUUAGCUAAUGCUAUGGUGUGCUGCAAAUUAAACCCAAGAACAUGUGUCAAUUGAAAACGUUUCUUUAUGUAGGUCUUUUUCCUGGCAAAAAUACUUAGCAGAUAUUUCAUUGUGUAUUUCAAACUUGAAAGAAAGUCAUUUCCAAGUUGCAUUAAAGUACAUCAAAUUUAUUCUUUAUCCAUUUGACCCUCACAAGAUUAUUGUAGUUUUUGAUAUUACAAAUAUGAUACCCCUAGUACCACAGAGAGCAUAUGAAGUACAUUUCUGUUUCCUAAAUCCUUGCUUGUUCUUCAGUUUUGAAUGUCCAAGCAGGUUUGACUUUGUAUACCAGACCCCCCCACCCACCCCUCCCCCUCAAGAUUGCUAUCAAACUGUCCUCACUUUGCUGUUCCAAUUAGAGAAGAACUAUGGUCCUUUCAACAGUAAAGUUCUGAGUUUGAUAAUGCAACAGAUGAAUAAAUCACACACACGCUCCUGUGCUCAUACCUAAACCUGCCUUUGGCCAAAGUGUAAGCUUGAUGUGCUGCUGCUGCUGCUGCUGCCGAUGUCUUGUCCAUUCACUAAUUGGCCAUUAAAACAUUUGUGUGCUGGUAAUUAAUACGGAGUUCCCGUGCACACUCGUCAUGUACUGUUCAGAAUGUCACGGAAACAAUAUGCAAUUCACUUGUGGAGUGACGCCAGCAGUCGCCUCUAUGUCACUGCUGACUGGUAAAAUGGGAAGAUUAUGGUCAGCACCUAGUCGAGAGUGAGUCUCGAACUCACGACCAGAAGAAAUGUGAUCAACCUUUUGAAGGAAGCCAGCUUGUGUUGGGUGAGUGUGAUUGAAACACAUGCUGCUCGGAUCUAUCAAGCUUGGUUUGCUGAAUGUCUUGCAUCUCAUUCAACGCCAUGCUCUUUAGAUUCAACUCCAUGCUCUUUAGAUUUCUCGAAAAAUACAUUUUGGGGACCCGAAAAAAGUUUGGAAAGUUGAACAAUUUUAAAAUUGAGUUAGUUAGACCAGUCAAAUUCUAACAUUCUUUUUCUGUGAAGGAAACCAACUGUGUAAGGUGCCCGCUGAACGCACAGAGGUUUAUCAUGUACGUUUCUACAACAAGCAGUUCUCACUUUAACUGUCUGGAUAUGUAUGUGUCAUUGAUGUUGCCCUGACUAUUAAUGGCAAUUGAUAAGUCGUUAAGCCGGAUCAAUAGUGUGCAGAUAGAGCUCACAAUGUCGUCAUUAUUUCAGGCAAUAGCAUUUUAUUGCCAGCUAUCCGUGUAAUGUAACUGGUAGAAUCAACAAGUCAGAAUCUGCAGGGCUGUAAAGAUAUUGAGACCGACUGGUAUAUUAAUAUCAUCAAGGUGUCAAAGUGCAAUAAUGCCAAGUAAAAAAAAAUGUUGACCUUUGAGAAAUGGAAACACAGAACUCUAGCCUUAUUUAAAAAAAAUAGUAAUCACUUUUUGUGUGUUUAUAUGUGUGCAUGCAAGUCCCACACAAUGGUGGGGGUACAUUGAAUAUGCCAGCCUUUCACCAGCUCUGGGUAGGUUGGGCUGUUUCAGACUUCACUGUCCGGCUCUCUGAAUGCAAGUGCACUGUGCAGAGACUCGAUGGGAUGAGUCCAUCCCGCACCCAACUCCCUAAAGCCAGAUUACAUUCCCCGACUGGCAUUCCUCUCACCCCCUUCAUCCUCCCAUUAAAUGGAUUUUAAAAUAUUACAAAACAUAAUUUAUAUUGUUUGAUAGAACUUUUGAUAUCCAGUUUUGAAUAUACUUGGUCCUGUUUGAACACAGCAAUACUUGGGAAGUUUAAUGUUACCAUGUGAUGGACAAUUUUCUCUUUUGUUAUCGUGUAAUCCAUGGUUGAAAUGUUGCAUCAGUAAUGGUGACUCUCGAGUGUUAAAAUGCAGACUGCUAACUACUUUUUAAUAAAGUGAGGAAAGACCUUGAAA